GAAAAGCAUAGGGAUAACAUUAGUAACAUUAGAGAUAACGAACUUCGUGAGCUUAGAGAAUUGUUAAAGAAUAAAGUGUAUAAUCUUGCUCCAGAUGUAAAAAAAUGGAAUCCAAUUCACAUUUUAGAAUUGGCUGAAUGGGGUGGUAUCAGACCACACGUUGACAAUAUAGAGUAUUCAGGUAAAGUAAUCAUGGGCGUAUCUUUAAUAUCAUCGGCCGUAAUGAUAUUUCGACAUGUGGAUGAUCCAUCAUGCGCGUUUUCAGUUUUAUUAGAGCCUGGAUCUUUAUAUAUUCAAAGAGGAUCUGUACGAUCCAAAUUUACUCAUGAAAUUCCAAUGCAACCAGAAAAUCAUGUUUUUCGAGGAAACCUUAUACCGAAAGGACGACGAGUUUCUUUGAUUUUUCGG